AUGAGCUCAAAUACCCGGUUCGCAUUUGCUCUGUCGCUCUUGAUGGGCAGCGCUGCUAUUGCCGAGCCCACUCUCGCCAUCAAUUCCGAUUUCGCUGAUCCUUGUGUGAUCAGUACUGGCGAUGGCCACUACGCCUUUGCUACGGGAGGCAACGGAGUGAAUGUUCAAAUGGCGCAUUCCACUGACUUUACCAAUUGGGAGCUCAUGAGCGGCCACGAUGCGAUGCCUGGCCCAUACCCGUCUUGGGUGGCAGGAUCUCCUGCAAUCUGGGCGCCCGAUGUGAUCCAACGGGACGACGGGAAAUUUAUCAUGUACGUGUCAGCUUCUGCCAGCCAAGACGCGAGCAAACACUGCGUCGGAGCUGCCGUUGCCGACCAAGUGACCGGUCCCUACACCCUCGAGCAGAGCCCUCUAGCGUGUCCACUCGACAAAGGCGGAGCCAUUGACGCCGAUGGCUUCAAGGACGGAAAUACCUACUAUGUGGUCUACAAGAUUGAUGGCAAUAGCCUGAACCAAGGCAACACGCUCAAUCCCACUCCGAUCAUGCUGCAGCAGCUGAACUCGGACGGCGUGACUCCCAACGGCGACCCCGUCCAGUUGAUCGACCGUGACAACAACGAUGGCCCUCUUGUUGAAGCUCCAAGUCUGGUCAAUGUCGGUGGAACAUAUUACCUCACCUUCUCAUCAAACUGGUACAACACUCCCAAGUACGACGUUAGCUAUGCCAUUGCCAGCUCGGUGACCGGGCCAUACAACAAGGUCCAAUAUCCCGAUGCUCCAUUACUGGUGUCGGGACAUUCGAGUAGUGCCGGUGCGUUGAGCGGGCCUGGUGGAGCUGACUUUAACGGAGAUGGAUCCAAGAUUGUUUUCCAUGCCUUCAAGAACGGCAAGAACAUUGAUGACGGACGUGCCAUGUACGUUGCUGACAUCAAUGUCUCUAAUGGUGUGAUUCAUGUCCUGUGA